AUGCCUGCUCUGGGAAACGAAACAAUCCCUUUAGGUAACGCACCCGUGAAACUCUGCACCGCCAAUGACGACCCUCUGUGCUCUGCCAGUCAGCCAGUUUUCAGUCCAGCUCACUGUCCACUCAUCUAUCCCACACUUCCCCAGCUUCGAUAUAAGGACAUUGUGGGAGACAGUAUCAAACGCCUUGAUGAAGUCAAGGGGCUGGGGGAAGCGGGCAGGAGAGGCCGAGGGGCGAGGGGUGUGAAUGCAGGGGGAGAGGGAGGUGGCCUCAGGCAGCGUGUGUGUGCUGGGGCCAGAGAAGCGGCCGGGACGGGAGUUUGUGUCCUGUGCGAGCUGCUUCCCUGGGCCUGGGCUGUUCCCAGCAAGGAGCCUCUUUGCUUGCAGGAGCCCGUGAGCUUUGCGGAGGUGGCCGUGUAUUUCAGCAGGGAGGAGUGGGCGCUGCUGGACCCUGCGCAGCGAGCGCUGUACCGGGACGUGAUGCUGGAGACGUACCAGUGCGUGGCCUCGCUGGCUUCACUUCCAGUCCCCAGACGCCUGCUGAUCUCCCUGCUUGAAGGAGGGGAAGACCCCUGGAUCCCAGAUGUGCGUUGCCCAGAGACUGUGCGAACAGACCUCAGCCCAGGAGCUGUGAUUACAGAUUUUAAAGAGGAUCUGCACAAAACUAGUGUAGCCCAAAGGCAGUAUAGUAGUGCAUCUGUAAGGAAAGCAGGAAAGGAUGUCCAGAGUGGCCUGGUGCAAGGAGAUCACAUUAAGAAGCCACUGAGAAAGCAUUCUGGAAAGAGAGCAAGGAACCAUCUUAGCUUCAGCACAAGUCAGAAGGAGCCUGAAGACCCCAGGUGUAAGCAAGUAUGCCAGAAGAAAAAGCAGAAGCAUUGCACUAAAUGUGGGAAAAGCUUUAAAAGUUUUUUUGAGUUUGUUAACCACCAGUGUGUAAACUCAGAGGAACAAUUGUACAAGUGCUCUGAUUGUGGAAAGAGCUUCAAAUGGAGAUCCAACCUCACGCGCCACAAAAGCAUCCACAUGGAAGAGAGACCCUAUAAGUGUCUCGAGUGUGGAAAGAGUUUCAGAAUCAGUUCUGACCUCAUUCUUCACCAGCGCAUUCACACAGGAGAGAGACCCUUUAAGUGUUCUGAUUGUGGAAAGAGGUUCAAAAGAAGUUCCCACCUCAUCCACCACCAGCGCAUCCACACAGGAGAGAGACCCUUUAAGUGCUCUGAGUGUGGGAAGAGCUUCAGAAGCAGUUCAAACCUCACAGUACACCAGCGCAUCCACACUGGAGAGAAACCCUUUAAGUGUUCAGAGUGUUCAAAGAGCUUCAAAAGCAGUUCCCACCUCAUCCAACACCAGCACGUCCACACAGGAGAGAGACCCUACAAGUGCCCUGACUGUGGGAAGAGCUUCAAAAAGACUUCCCAUGUCAUUCUCCACCAGCGCAUCCACACAGAGGAGAGACCCUUCAAGUGCUCUGAGUGUGGGAAGGGUUUUAGAAGCAGUUCUAAUCUCAAAUCCCAUAGGCAUAUGCACAGAGGAAACGGAAAGUAGAAGUGUGUUGUGGUUUAAACCAGCAGGAUGCUCAGCAGUCGUUUUCUCACUCUUCUCUUUCCCUUUGGGAUGGUGGAGAGAACAAAAAAAAACAACCAUGAAAUAGAACUUAUAGGUUGAGAUAAGCUUUUUACUAAGAUAAAGGAUAAAUGUUAUGACAAUGUGCAUAUAUAUAUGAAUUGUAUAACAACUGACACGCUGGGAACUGCUCUGGUUUCUGCCAAAGGCUCCAAGUGGGGCCAUUCUCCCCAGCUGCUGUGUGGAGUCAAUUUCUUACAUCUUGUCCCGUCUGCACUGGCCCAAGGGCUACUGCAUGAAUUAUCGCCUGUUUUUGUUCAAAGUCUGCUGCUGCUCAGGGCCCCACGUGAAGUCGUUCUUCUUCCAGGUCACAAGAUAGAGAGGGUUUACAAUCAGACUGUAAUCCAGAAAAUGCAUUCUUCAGAAACCCGCAGCAGCUAAGAACGCUUGUGUUUCCUUUUUGCUGCUUGGAGGAGGCAGAGUAGUUCUUGUAUUGAUCAUAUCCACGGGGAUCUGACGGUGUCCAUCUUUCCAUUUUAAGAACAGAAUCUCCAGUGCAGGUCCCUAGACUUUCCUCUUCUUUAUGGCAAAACUGGCUUUUAAGAAGUUUUGAAUUAUUUUCUUCCCUUUCUCAAAAACGACUUCUGCUGUGUUGCCCCACGCGAUGAUGUGGUCAGUGUACAGCAGGUGUUUAGGAGCUUCGCUCUGUUCCAGUGCAGUCUGGGUCAGCCCAUGACAAAUGGUAGGGCUGUGUUUCCACCCUUGGGCAGUCGAUUCCAGGUGUAUUGCACGCCCCUCCAAGUGAAAUCAAAUGGAGGCCUGCACGAUGCUGCCAGAGGGAUUGAGAAAAGCAUAUUAGCCAUGUCAUUUGUGGCAUACCACGUGACUGCCUUUGACUCCAGUUCAUAUGGGAAUUGUAGCACGUCUGGCACAGCAGUGCUGCGGUGUGGCUUCAUGCAGGCCAAUGGCCUGAUUAUUACCCCUGGGAUGUGCAGCGCCUCUGACGUUUGAAGCAGCUUUGGCACCAAGCACAGUUAUCAUCUGACUCCAGCUUGCCCUGGAGAAUCUAACUUGGUAGGUCCAUGUGCUAAGUAGCUGGACAGAACCAAAUGUACAGGUUCAGCAAGUAUCCAAGGGUGGCCUUGCAAAACCAACUGGUGCUAGACAUAUUGCUGUCAAAAGAACAGAGGGUGUGAGGUCUGUUGAACUGAACUGAAGGAGAAUGCUGUAUCACCAGUAUCACCAUCCGCAGUGCCACCAUUAGCAUAACUGAGGCCCAUCAAAACACAAAGGGAAUCACCAGAAAGACUGGAGAGCUUUUUCAGGUGAUGCAGCCAAAAGACUGCUUUGAUCCAUGGCCGUGGAUCACAUCACUGCUGAAAUCUCUGGGAUGCAGGGGGUGGGGGAAAAGGCUUAUGAAGAUCAAUCUUACGAUGUGGUGUGGGUUUUUUGUUUUUAAUGGUAGGCCUUCUCAUCUCUCUUCCUUCUCACCUGCUAACCGCUAUGUACAGAUCACCAUUAUUGAAGGAGACCUCAGAAUGUUUGAGCCAUGGGGUGGUGUUUGGGAUGAGAUGUUAGCAUCUGUUAGUGUGAGCCAGAACAAUGUCCUGAGAGACAAUUAAGUCGCAGGGAGAAGCUGGGUGUCCCUUCCCUUAAUUGGACUGAUGUGUCAGCCACCAUUGGAAGAGUCCAGAAUAACACCCCUGAAAUGGUCAAGUUUCAGGAGGGGGCCUGGUGUGACUUCCUUUGAUUUGGAUAUAGUCCAGUAUCUAGGACCAGAGGCAGCUCCAAUUCCAAAUAGGGGCAGAUGGGAUCUAUCUUUUUCGUUUGGUGUUAUAACUAGGUGCUGGGGGGGAGGUCAGGUUUGCCCUACCUCUGCUGCUAGCCCUGCUUGUAGGUGCUGCUGCUUCCAUUCUUUACCAUGUGGAGCAUCCCCGUCAGCAUGCUUGGUGCUGGAUCCAAGACUGAUGAUCUGCCUACCCCUUUUAAUUUCUCCCUUUUCGUUAUUUUUUUUUUCUCUUACUGUUUUUACUACCUCAAGGCAUACUUGAAGUUCCUAUAAACAAUACAGCUUAGACAGAUAAAAGUGUGAGAGGGUGGAAACGUAGGAUAAAUGUUUUGUAGAAAUCUCCUAAUAAAGUUGAUGUUGUUUUCCA